UUAGAGAAACUUCAGAUGCGGAGAAGCAUGGCUAAACUUGAGCUCUAUCGAAAGUUUACUAAUUCACUUGCAGUUUCUGUGGUGCUCUCUAUUGCAUGGAUAGGUUAUGAGCUAUACUUCAAUGCAAGUGACCCAUCAAGUGAGCCUUGGGAAAUUGCCUGGAUUAUUCCAGCUUUCUGGAAUCUGCUUUCAUUUGCGCUCUUGAUUGUCAUAUGUAUUCUUUGGGCUCCUACUCGCAACCCAACUAGGUACACUCUGUGACCUUGCCCUUUAAUUGUUUUUUGAUUUCUACUACUUCCUCCCCUUGCUUCUUGGGUGGUGAUUUUGCCCCACUAUUGAUUUAAAAGUUUAGGUAGGGCCUGCUGUUUGCAACAAGAUAAUUUAUCUUACACAUUUUGUGAACCUAAAACUUAAACAACAUUUGUUGGCACUUCGUAACUGGUUAGUUUUGAGAACCCAUCCCAUAUCCCAUGGCUUUGCUCAUAUCGUUUAAUCUACAAAUAUAGGUGGGACAUGCAUUCACCUAUCAUAAAAAUGGAAUAGCUUUUCUCUUUUCCAUCACCAUUUCUCAAAAGAGUCCUCUACAAUAGCUUGUAAUCUCAAAUGAAGGGACCCAUGGGCCAUGGUUCUGUUUAGCUAUAUAUCAGUCUAAGAAAUAGCCAAGUUGGUACCCUGGUAUCAACUUUUGUGAGAUUACAUAUACCACCCCCUAAACUGUGACCGGUGUCUACCUCAUUUCAGUGAACUUUGGAAUGUAUCAAAAAUCCCCUAAAGUUUCAAUGGGUUAAAUCUAUGUA